AUGGCCCGUUUGUUCGUGCUACUCGUCCUCUGUGCUUUCGUUGUCAGCGCAGCUCCACAAGAAAACAGUUUACAUGCCAGGAUCCGGGCUUGCAAAUUCCACCUUGGAGUCGACGUCCAUCGAACCACGCCCUCCAGGCCCGGAUCUAAAGACCAAAGUUCUGGACACUCCGGCAGUCGCUCAACAUUGCCUCCUGACAGUGGACGUGGACUCCGUGAUGCAAGACUUCCUGAAUACGGGUCUAGAAGGCCAGGUUGUAACAUCUGUGGUCAUGGACUAGGAAGUCGCAAUGACGAAAAGCGUGACUACUUGCCUGACUCUGAUAGUCGUGGUGGUGAACACUACAGCCGAGAACAUGGAACCCAAGGUUCUGAAAUGGCUGGCUAUGGAUCCGGAAGUCGUGGAAUCAUGGGAUCUUCGCAUGGUUUGGGCAGUCAUGGCCGAGGAUUCGGACUGUACAGCACUGGAGGGUCCAACUACGGACACGGAAGUACUGGUGGUAAACCUUUUGAUCAAGAUAUUGCAUUUGUUGGUGCGUCAGGCCAAACCAAUUACGACACGGAAGACCGUUACCAUGGCUUUGGAAUCGGCGACACUGAAAGCCAAAAGUACGGAAUGGAGGAUCGCAGUAGUGGAUUCUCAUCCUAUGGGUCGGGACUGCACGAAAGUGCAGCCGACGAAUAA